AUGGUGGUGGUGGUUGUGGAGGUGGUGGUGGAUGUGGAGGUUUUGAAGGAGGUGGUGGUUGUGGUGGUGGUGGUGGUGGUGGUGGUGGAGGUGAAGGUGGAGUUGGUGGUGGUGGUUGUGGUGGAGGUGGAAGUGAAGGUGGAGUUGGUGGUGGUGGUGGCGGUGGCGAUGGCGGUGGUUGUGGAGGUAGUGAAUGUGGUUGUGUAA